AUGUCGGAUGCUGGACAUGAAGGGAGAAUCAAGUGUGCCAUCUAUCCGGCUUCAAGUGAAUUCUUCAAGAGUGGUAACUAUGACCUCGGGUUCAAAAACAGCAAAGCGGACAGCCACGCCCCGAAGCAACUGAUGCAUCUGUACAGCACCCUCCUCGAAAAUUGCCCGACUGUUCUUCUUGAAAAUCCAUUUUCGGAGAGCGACUGGGCUAGCUGGACAGAAUUCUGCGAACAGUGUCCCGUUGACUUCGCCGGCGAUGACCCGCUAGUGACAAACAGAACCUAUGUACGGGAGGCCCACGAGAGAAUGGCUUGCAACUCCAUGUUACUCAAGAUCAACCAGGUCGAUACCAUUUCUGAAGCUAUUGAAUCGUCCUUUCCCGUAACGUCUCAUCACUUCGAGGGUACUAAGUUUUGGCAAGGCAAUCUUGCGUACAGCUACGGCUGGAGCGUAUUUAUUUCUCACCGAUCUGGCGAAACCACUGAUGACUUUAUCGCCGAUUUGGUAGUUGAAUUACGGACGGGACACAUCAAGUCUGGGGCACCGUGUCGUGGGGAGCACGUUGCCAAAUACAACCGCUUAUUGGAUAUCGAAGAGCUUCUUGGGGUUCAAGGCGAAGAGGUUGUCUAUGCCGGUGAAAAUUUCCGCUCCGCAUACACACUUAAGCCGUCCUUAUGGAACAAAAUAAAUCACACGAUUUUAAGUUUGUGCUAA